AUGAACCUGAAGUCGGAGCGCAGGGGGAUCCACGUGGAUCAGUCGGAGCUGCUGUGCAAGAAGGGCUGUGGUUACUAUGGCAAUCCUGCCUGGCAGGGCUUUUGCUCCAAGUGCUGGAGGGAGGAGUACCACAAGGCCAGGCAGAAGCAGAUCCAAGAGGACUGGGAGCUGGCAGAGCGGCUCCAGCGUGAGGAGGAAGAAGCCUAUGCCAGCAGCCAGAGCACCCAGGGGGCUCAGUCCCUGACCUUCUCAAAGUUUGAGGAGAAGAAAACCAACGAGAAAACAAGAAAGGUCACUACUGUGAAGAAGUUCUUCACUGCUUCCUCCAGAGCAGGAGCUAAGAAGGCAGCUGAAGAGAAAACCCCUAAGCAAGGACAGCUUGGGAGGGAGAGAAAUGCUGAUAACAUUCUCAGGGAUUUGAAGGAGAUUUUUACUCCCUCCUGGGAACUGGCUUCCCCUUCUGAAGCGUUGGCUGGCAAGCUGAAAGCAGAGAUCCAGGAGGCCAAGGCUCCCAGCCCUGCCAUCCACAGGCAGGCCAGCCUCGAGACAGACCGAGUGUCCAAGGAGUUCAUAGAAUUCAUCAGGACGUACCAGAAGCCUGGCCAGGAUAUCUACAAGCAAUGCAAACUCUUUCUGGACACCAUGAGUCAUAAAAGGGAUUUAAGCAUUGAGGAGCAAUCUGAGUGUGCCCAGGACUUCUACCAAAAUGUAGCAGACAGGCUGCAGACACGUUGGAAAGUGCCCCCUGAAAAAGUGGAGAAGGCAAUGGAUGAGGUUGAGAAAUACAUCAUGACACGCCAGUAUAAAUAUGUUUUUUGCCCUGAGACAACUGAUGAUGAGAAGAAAGACCUUGCUGUCCAAAAGAGGAUCAGGGCUCUGCACUGGGUCACUCCCCAGAUGCUGUGUGUUCCUGUCAGUGAGGAAAUCCCAGAAGUCUCUGACAUGGUUGUGAAGGCAAUUACAGACAUCAUCGAGAUGGACUCCAAGCGCGUCCCCCGGGACAAGCUGGCCUGCAUCACCAAGUGCAGCAAGCACAUCUUCAACGCCAUCAAAACCACCAAGAACGAGCCAGCCUCUGCUGACGACUUCCUGCCCACCCUGAUCUACAUCGUGCUGAAGGGGAACCCCCCUCGGCUGCAGUCCAACAUCCAGUACAUCACGCGCUUCUGCAACCCCAGCAGGCUGAUGACUGGGGAGGAUGGCUAUUACUUCACCAACCUGUGCUGUGCCGUGGCCUUCAUUGAAAAACUGGAUGCUCAGUCCUUAAACCUGAGCCAGGAGGAUUUUGAUCGCUUCAUGACGGGCCAGACCUCCCCAAAGAAGCAGGAAUCUGACACUUUCUCCCCUGAUGUGUGCCUGGGGGUGAAGCAGAUGUGCAAAAGCUUAGACCUCCUCUCUCAGUUGAAUGAGAGACAGGAAAGAAUUGUCAGUGAAGCCAAGAAGCUGGAGAAGGACCUCAUCGAUUGGACUGAGGGCAUCACCAAGGAGGUGGAGGAUAUUGUGGAGAAAUAUCCCUUAGAAAUCAAACCAAAAAGCCAAGCCUUAGCAGCCAUUGACUCUGAAAACGUGGAGAAUGACAAGCUGCCCCCACCACUGCAGCCUCAGGUUUAUGCAGGAUAAUUUUCCCCAGCUAGCUGGGAAGGGAAGGAAAUUUAAGGCUUAAAAAAAAAAAAAAGAGCUUAAAUCAGUACAUUUUAAAGGUACUUUUGGUUUUUUGGGUUUUUUUCUUUUUUUGGUUGAGUGGAAUGAAUUGUAUUUAUUUUAGUCCAGUAGGUUUCUAUUAGGCUUUGGUGGGUUUUUUGAACUGAAUUUCGAUUUUCUACACAAACUGGUGUCAUUUUUAAGCAACACUAGUCCAUUGACAUCUCUCCUGAAAGUUCCCUUCUAAGCAUGCACUUAAUUGUUUUUAAUAAUUAGUUUAACUUGAAGCCAAGUUCCAGCAGAGAAAAAAAAAGUACCAAUGUUAGUCUGAACUUAUUCUGUAGCUGUAAAGAUGAAUUAUAUAUUGUAAAAUAUGUAAAAUUGUAAAUAGAUUUCAAAUCUAAUGUCCCAACUGUGCAUGAGCUCGUGUGUGAGUGAAAAUGAUCUCAAAAUAUUCAUUUUAGCACCUUUCAGUUCCAUCAGGUUGCAGUAAAAAGGCAAAAAUGCUGUUGGAGUUUGGAUAACCUGGAAGGGAGAAGUUGGAGUGCUUUGCAGACUUGAAAAAUCAUCUUAAUCUGCUUUGUUAUAAAACAAAAUUAUUUAAGAGAUGCCAUUUCUUCAUUUAAAUGCUCUGUCAGAACACCUGGUAGCCUCGAGUGGUGCCCAAAAGUGCUGAUUUUACUGCUUUGGGAAGGAAUGUGGGGCCAGAAAUGGAAAAUAUUUCAGGAAUAAGAGGAAAUAUUUAUAUUAAAAACUGCAUAUUGUGGAACAGAAAAAGGGGAGGGGAAAGAGACCAUGAAAGAGUUGCUCCAAAAGUCUCUCUCUCUCCUGGUCACUUCCAUCAGUGGGAUAAAUUUUGGUUGCUUUUUUUGACAAUCCUGGGAAAUAAAUAAAUAAGUAAAUUCAUAUAAUUUGAGGUUGCUUUUUAGCAGGAGCAGAAAAAUGCACUUUAUUUCCAUGAAACAUCAACGUUCUGCUCUUCAGUGACCCCUUCAGCACCUUGAACAGCCAGCUAAAAAUGGCUUUUUGUGUCACUGAAAGUCACCAAAAUUCAGGUUGGGCUGGAAAAGAGGAGCUCACCCCACAAAAAAACAACCUUUUACAACAGAACUUUGGAACUUUUUCUGUCCUUUUGAAAUCCCUUCCAGCUCCAUGCAGGCCUGCCCUGAGAUCCCAAACACAAAGCUCAGCUGGAGCUGCUUUAAGCCAAGUUUAACUCCUGCCAUGAGGAGGAGAGCACAAAGCUGGUGCUUCGUUCCCACUCCACCGAGGCACUGCUGCUCACUUUGCACUGCAAUAACUCCAGACCACGACUGUGAUUUCCCCUUUCUCUGGCAGUUUUUGGCUUUUUUGUGAACUAUGCACCACCCCUGGUGUUCAGAGAAGAAGCUGCAGCACUGGGAUGCUCACAACAACACAAAAAAAAAUCAAAUUAUUCCGUGUGUCACCACCCAAAAUGCUUAGUGAAUAAUCCUGGGAUUUAUUUAUUUUAUUUGGGUGCUGAUUCUGAGCUCCAGCUUUGUCCCGAGGGAGGGCUGGGGGAAGCAAACUUGCAGCUGUUGUGUAAAUGAGAGUGUUUAAAUAAUAAAGUUCUGCCCAUUCCUGA